AAAAUUUCGUCGAAAUUUCUGCAUGAAAAACUGACAACGACUGCCGUUGCUGCUGUUGUUGGUUUUUGUGCGCUGCCAACCAAAUCCACCACCACCACCACCAGCCCUCCUUCCUCGCUCGCUUCCAUCACAGUGGUUGUGUUCAGUGGCAGCGUGCGUGGCUUGUGGAACGUCUUUGUGCUGCUAGGCUCACCUCGCAGCUGAACCCCACACUGCAGCACCAUGUCGUUUUCUUCAAAUGCCGUCGAGUUUCGCGAUGUCCCUGUCAAGUUUCUUGGCACUGGAGACAUUCCACGCAACGCCAAUGAUGAACAGACCUUAAUGGGCAACUUCCUGAUGGAGAAGGCCAGCAAGAAGAAGUUACACGGAUUUGCCAAAGAGAUGCUGUUGUCCCUCAGCCCGAGGACGGGCCUGCUGUCUGCGUCGCCCAAAUCAGGCGGCCAGAGCCUGCAAGUUGACCUCACCACCAUCUCCGCCAUCGCUGUUAUGACAUCGAAGUUUGCGUUUGUGGUGAGCGACGAUGACGAGGCGCCGACGGCCACCAUGUAUGGGUUCCAGUUCAAACGACGCAAUGAUUCGGAGAGCAAGGCGUUUGUCGCGGCCCUGCGCAGGUGCAGUCUCGCUGAAUCAACAACAGAGACCGUCCACCCAUCGCGUGGUAGAGGGCGCGCCAUGUCAUACACAAGCGGCACCAGCUCGCAGGCGCGACUGGCACUGGCGCGUGUGAGCGAAGAUCGUCGUGACACCACCGUCCGUGACACGACCACGCAGGAGCUGGCUUCGCUCCAAUCCAAGAUUGCGGAACUCGAAACACAGGUGACGGAGGAGCGGAACAAGGCGUCGGCAGCGGAAGUUGCAAAGUUGAGCGCAGACCUCGAGCGGGCGAGUGCAGAGCGGGAGGCGGAGGCAGCGCGGUGCCAGGUCGAGAGCAUCAGGAAGGAGAUGGCCCUCGCCGCCGCUGACAUGUCCUCAGAACUCGCACAGAUGAAGAUGAACUUCUCUGAGGACCGCGCGGAGCAGAUUGUGGCCGAAUUGGCGCUCAUCAAGGGUGCACUCACCAUCAUCGAAGGCAACCAGCGUGGUCCGCGAACGCCCAAGAAGCGCGGCGGUGCCCCUGCUGCCUCGUCGUCCCCAUCAUCGUCGGCAGCGGCAUCACGCGAUGAUCUCUGGACACGCGUCCAGCGCCUUGCACAGAAGCAGCAAGGUGAUGGCGAGCAGAAAGAGGCAGGAGCAGAGGACGAGUCCACCUCGGAGCAGCGUGCCAACCAGAGCAACACCUCAAACCAACGGCUGCUGUCCAUUGCUCGUCGCGUCUCCUCCGUUGCCAUUGAUCCAGAUGCCCUCGCCGCCGCAUCGGAAGACAGGGCUGGCGGGUACGAGGAGAUGUCGCAUGCCGAGCUUAUUGCCGUUGUGAAGCGGCAGGAGCGAGAACUGCAGCAGCUGCGCGAUGAGAACAAGCGCACGCAGGACCUCUCCCAACAGCUUGAAACGACGCAGGAGGAGAAAUUGGAGCUGGAGCAGCAGAUUCAGGACCUGCAAGAGGAGCUGGAUCACCUCGAGACAGAAAAGACGAUUAUGGCAGACACAAUCGCUGGACUGAAGGCCAUUUCCACAGAUGGCGCCAGUGAUGCCCGCACCGGCUCGUUCAGGUCUGAGUUGCGUCAAGGCACAACCGCCACAGGGGCGGCGGCCAGGUCGCGUGGCACAGGUGGUGCACAGGGCACAGGUGGUGCACGCACCACGGCCACCAAUGCAGCAGCAGCAGUGUCGCGGCAGCCGCCGUCGUUUGAUCGAUUGGUUGGCAACGAGAGCAGAGUCACGGAUGCCAACGACACGAGCGUUCGCACAGAGGCCCUGGAGGAUCGGUUUGAGAUGACGCUGCGCAAGCACAACGGCGGUCUUGGCUUCAGCAUUGCUGGCGGUCGCGACUUUGAGGUCGAUGAGGGCGAUCCAAGCAUCUACAUCACCGCCAUCGUGUCUGGUGGCGCCGCGCAGAAGGAUGGCCGACUUCAAGCGGGCGACAAGAUCCUGGCGGUGGACGGAACAGACAUCUCGAAUGUGCUGCACAAGGAUGCUGUUGCCACGCUGCAGGCCACGUCAGACACGGUGAAGCUCGCCAUUGCUCGCCUUGUGGACGUGCUGACGCCAAACGACACGCUCGCGUCACAGCACUCCCACCAACAGCAGCAGCAGCAGCAGCGAGCGGAGGGCAGCGUGAAGGUGAAGGAGGAGGAAGAGCAGGAGGAAGCUUCGCAGCAGCGGGAAGGAGGUGCUGCAGGUGCUAGUGUGCAGGGCACGAUUCGCCAGCCUAGCAAAGAGAGCCAGGACACUGGGUCUUCGCAGCACAUGGGCGACACAGCAGUGGCGAUGGCGAGCACAAACCGCGUGGUGACGAACGGUGGGAGUGCGGCGUCCAUCCCUGCUGCCGCCAGCAACACCAACAACGCUAAUGUGGCCGGCAGCAACGGCGCAAUCAACGGCCAUGCAGUCACAGCGAAGCCAUCGGAGAUUCCCCGCCCAAACAGCGACCUCAUCUCGCCUCGCCGUGAUUCACAGAGCGGCGCCUCACAGCAAGAGCUGCAACAGAGACAGCAGCAGCAACAGCAACAGCAACAGCAACAAGACCAGCCUCUUGCUGAUGGCGAUGCAAGCGCUUUUGAAGAGGAGGUGAUUGACAUCAGCUUCGACAAGCGUGCAGACGGCCUCGGCUUCAGCAUUGCCGGCGGCAGAGACCACCCGGUCGAGGAGGGAGAUAACUUCAUGUACGUGACAGCGAUUGUGCCUGGGAGCGCCGCUGACGACGACGGCCGGCUGAAGGUCGGCGACAAGUUGCUGAUGAUCAACGGCGCAGAUGUCACGGACAUGACGCACGCAGACGUUGUGCAGCUGCUCUCGACACGGAGCAGGGUUGAACUGCGUGUGUCGCGGCUGCCCGACGAACUGCUUGCACCAGAGACGACAGAGGUGCUGCUUGACAUCCGCUUGCAUCGCCACGAGGGCGGGUUUGGGUUCAGCAUUGCUGGCGGCACGGAUCUCCCGGUUGCCGGCGAUGACACAGCCAUUUACAUCACCCACAUUGUUCCGGACUCUGCUGCCGAUCGCGAUGGCCGCCUGCAGAUUGGAGACAGGCUGCUGGAGGUGAAUGGGCUGAGUGUUGUGAAUGUGGAGCACGCCGUUGCUGCGGAGGCCAUCAGGAACAGUGGCGAAUAUGUCGACAUCAUCGUUGCCCGCAUCACUGAGCAAGUGGAGGAGACACUUGAGAUUGAGUUUGAGCGCGGAGCGGGCGGACUUGGCUUCAGCAUCGCCGGUGGAAUUGACGACCCAGAGAACGCGCACGACCCAAGCAUCUACGUUGUCGAGAUUAUCCCGAAUGCCUCUGCUGAUCGCGAUGGGCGACUGCGAAAGGGCGAUCGCAUCUUGGAGGUGAACGGAGAGUCGUGCGAACAAGUCACGCACAGCGAGGCCGUGCAGCUGCUGCAGGCUGACACGCCCACGGUGCGGCUGCUCGUGUCGCGAUUGGUGGACGUGACGGAGACGACGUUCAAGGUGGAGGAGGAGAUUGUGGACGUGGAGCUGGACAAGUCACCCACAUACGGCCUUGGCUUCAGCAUCGCUGGCGGCGUUGGUGCCGAGAUUGAGGAGGGUGACGCUGGGAUUUACGUGAGCGACAUCACGCCCGAGGGCCCUGCCAGUGCCAUGGACAAGCUUCGCUUUGGCGAUCGCCUGCUCGAGGUCAACAGCAUUCCCUUGGACGGCGUGACCCACGAUGAGGCCGUGGACAUCUUGCGAGCGUGUGCACAGCACGUUCGCCUCAAAGUCCUGCGCGUCCCACAAGACAUGACUGAGGACGGCGAGAUUCUUGUGAACAUCACACUGCGUAAGCACGACGGCGGGUUUGGGUUCAGCAUCGCUGGCGGCACGGAUGCCCCUGUUGAAGAAGGCGACUAUGGCAUCUACGUCACCACCAUCAUUGAAGGCGGCGCCGCGUACCUUGAUGGCAACCUGCAGAUUGGCGACAGGAUCAUCUUCGCCAACGGUGUGGAGCUGACUGAGGCGGCGCAUUCAGAUUGCGUGCGCGUGCUGCAGAACGCCGGAGACGAAGUGAAGCUUGUUGUGUCUCGCAUACCGUUUGACGAAACACAAGAGGGCGACUUGUUCCAGGAGGAAACCACCUAG